CUAGGCCAUAACGGUAACCCGCGCUCUACACCUGAACUUUAAGCUUCUUGUUGCUCCAUGCCGAACCAUCUACCUCUUGCAUCUACCCGCCCACUGUAACGCACUCGCUGAUACCAAAUCCGUAUACCGAGUUUUGUAAUACAUGCAUCCAUCCUCACCCCGUGUUCUAAACAUCAUACAACAAUCGUGUCGUAUCAAAUCAUUCACCCAAUUCAUCUAUACUUGUAGACGAAAAUGCGCGCGUUCCUUUACAAUUACGCGUCAAAGAAUUUCAUCCUUUCUUUUUUGUACUUUUUUGCUUGUUUCUUUUUGCGGUGUUCUCUUUAUCUUCCUUCUCGUUUGUUUGUUUUACCCCCGUGAUUCCCCCCACCCCGCACCUAUGACGACGACUGGACCUUUUGUGCUUGUCCUGCGCUCGCUCGUGUUGGAGUUUUUCCAUUUUAUUCUUUUUGUGCGUUUGUUGUUUGAUUGAUGUAAUCUCAUGUCGUUUUGUCUGUCGUGUAUGCACGAUUGAUCGAUGUAUAGAAAUGAGAAUGACUAGGGAUACACAAUGCACGUGGAGACUAAUGAAUUGAAUGCUCAAAAC